CUGGAGGAUUCCCACUGCAGACUACAGAAACUGAGCCUGACAGCCUGCAGUAUUACAGAAGAGGACUUCAGAGCUCUUGCAUCAGCACUGAGAUCAAACCCCUCGCACAUGAGAGAGCUGUGGCUGAGUGGGAAUAAAACAGGACACUUAGGAGUGAAGCAUAUUUCAUCUCUUCUGGAGGAUCCUAACUGCAAACUGGAGAAACUACAACUCUCAGACUGCCGUAUUAAAGAGGAGGGCUAUGCUAGUCUGGCUUCAGCCUUGAGGUUAAAUCCCAAUCACCUCAGAGAGCUGGAUCUCAGAGGAAAUGAUCCAGGGGAAUCAGGAGUCAAACUGCUUUUAGACCUAAAGGAGGACCCACAAUGUAAACUGAGAAAAGUCUGGUUCCUGAAAGGGAGUGCUGCUGAGGAAGCCUGUGCUGCUGUGGCUUCAGCUGUGGGUUCAAACCCCUUACUCAUGACUGAGCUGGAUCUGAGUGAGCUCAUACCAGAAGCCUUUGGAGUGAAUCAGCUGUGUGCUUUACUGGAGGAUUCCCACUGCAGACUGCAGAAACUGAGCCUGGGCGCCUGCAGUAUUACAGGUAAAGGCUUCAGAGCUCUUGCAUCAGCACUGAUAUCAAACCCCUCACACAUGAGAGAGCUGCGGCUGAGUGGGAAUAAAGCAGGAGACUCGGGAGUGAAGCAUCUUUCUUCUCUUCUGGAGGAUCCCAACUGUAAACUGGAGAAACUACACCUGGGAGCCUGCAGUAUUACAGAGGAAGGCUUCAGAGCUCUUGCAUCUGUACUGAGUUCAAACCCCUCACACAUGAUAGAGUUACAGCUGAGUGGGAAUAAAGCAGGAGACUCAGGAGUGAAGCAUCUUUCUUCUCUUCUGGAGGAUCCCAGCUGUAAACUGGAGAAACUAGAGUGA